AUGGGUGGGUGGCCGAUGAGUCACAUGGAUAUGGAGACUUGGCAAAGAAGAGUGGGCACGAGCAGGCUUGUGCAGUGGCAGGAAGCCGGCAGCUCAAGAAUUCGCUGUCUUGGAGCACGUGCUGCUAUGUGUGAGAAAGUGGAAAGAGAUGAGCCUGGGAAGCACCCUCACAGCUCCAGAAGAAGGGUCGACGAAAGUGGGAGGGAUGAUGGGGACCACCGGGGUGGGCAGUGCUGGGACCCCGAGGUGGGCGAUCCUGAGGCUGUUGUGACGAGAGGAGGCGGUGCGAUGUUUCCUUUGUCGCUGGACCCGGUGGAAGAUGCUGCGGCAGGUGCUUGCCUUGUGAGUGCGCGGGCAUCCGUCUUUUCCCUCACCGUGCCGGCCGGUCCUGACCGUCGCCUUCGGCCUCAGCGCGCUCAACCGUUUCCAGCCCGAGAGUGA